AUGGAAGCUCCGAGUCGGAUGACGCGUGCGGAAGAGGCGGAGUCGCGUCAUGGCAACCGCUCAUCAAUGAUAUAUUAUCAGUUGGCAGCCCCUCAAAGAGCUCACAAAAUGUUCUGGAGGCUUUUUUCGCCGGCUUCCGCCCGCUGCGACGAUCGGCGCGAAAUUCGCACCGACGACACUUUUCUCUUCUGCGAGGCCGUCGUCGCCGAAGUCGAUGCCGCCGUCGCUGAACUCGAGACCGCCAAGGUUCUUUUCUCAUAAGUGUAAUGCAAUUUUUCGAGUUACUUUCUUUCUUGGUCAAACUGGAACUGCCAAAGUGAGUUGUUCUGAUUAGGCCAACUAAACUAAAAUGGUCUGAAACUGAAUUUUCGAUCGAGGAUUUCCUUUGUGCAGGUUUUUUACGUUUACUUCAAAGCUUGACGUGAAAAAUUUUGCUUAGGUUUUUAAAAACUAUGAACUCCUAAAGCUGAAAAAUAAACACCUAUAAAAAUAAACAGCUAUGAUUUUUCUGUUCUAUUUUUUUUACCACAGCAUCAAGCUUUUUAUCCUAUCUAAAUAAGAGCUUAGUUAGAGAUCUUUUUCCAGCUUUGAAGGACUUGAUCUUUUUUUUUAACUCUAAAACUUUUCUUCGCAUAAAUUUAGAGUCACCAUGAGAAAUUGCAUUCAAAAGUCUGACUAUGUGUUCAGACAAUGUCCUGACAGUCUUGAAUUUUUAACUUGUGAAGUAAUGCCCCUGGCAGAGGCCAGAGACGCAGGGGAGACCGCCUCCUACCUAUAAAAGGCAGGGACGAUCUUCAGCUGGGUCGAAAUCCUCCCGGCCUGAGGUCAAUCCCUCGAUCCUAUUUUUGACUAUAUAAUAUUUUUCUAUUUGAGACUAAUGAAUCUUUAUUAAUAUAGUCUAUAUAUUCGGACCACAUCGAAACUACCGAUGGAGUCUCGGCAUGGCCAAGCCGAGGACUCACAAACUUUUUUUUCGGUUACCCCAUAAAUUAGUUUAUGGGGUAACCGAAAAUAAAUUAGUUUAUGGGGCGGGCCAUAAACUUCAUUUGUUCCUUUUUUUUGAGCUUUUUUAAAGUUUAAACCAGUCACUUUUUCAUUGAAACCGUGAUAACUUCAGGAAGAAGCUGACCGACAAGAGCGCGAAAAACACCGCUUGCCGGACUACACCUGGCUCGCCACUGGCAAGAGUUCUCUCUACCGAAAAAGGCUGAAUAUAGAGGUUCCCCUCUCAUUUCGUGCUGGUAAUAUCGUGAUUGGCGGCAGGAGAAGGCUAGAGUGGAGAACGCGUGUGAAAGACUACGGCCGGAGGAAUGGUCGAAGACGGUCCGCAACUGGCGCAGCCGCAUCGAGAACGCCGUCGACCGCAAGACGAUAGUCGACGAAUUUCUCAGCGCGACCCAUCAGAGCAUCGUCAGCCGUCAACUGGCGCCACCUCCAACCGUCAUGGCGACGCCGCCUCCUGCCGCUUCCACGGUCAGUUCAAUCGAUAUACUUUCGUUCAGAGUGCAUUGAAGUGGCUGGAGGAAUUCUCAGUCUGAAAAGUUGAUCUCAGAGGACACCUACGAAGAGUUUUAUCUGAACUCGAAACAUCUUUUCCAAAACUGAAUGAACUUUUCAUGUAAAUGUAGGUCUAGAAAGCCAGGAUCUUCUCCUAAAAAAUGAGAAAAACCUAACAGGAUGCCUUUAUAGUGAAGUUUGGAAGAAGCUAGUCAAAAUCAACUCGUUUUCAGCCACCUUCAAGUCAUCGCGAAAAGACGCUUACCUCUUCGCGGUCCGUGGCGCAGCUGUCGAUCAUCGAGUUGAGCGAGCUCGUCUAG